AUGGCCUUCGGACAAUCUCUGUGGAUGCUGACUUCCUAUCUGACCAUUUUCAUGACACUGAUGUGCUUGGCAUGGGCAAUUUAUUACGAUUGUACAAGGACGCACAUUCCUGCAGGAAUGUUAGACCGUAAAGUAAUUCGGUGUUGCAAUUUUCUGUGUGGAAUUUUAUUUGGACUGGGAUUAUUUCUUGAGAAACUUGGUAUUUGCCAUAGAUACCAAAUGUGGAGGAUUGCUCUGAAUGGUAUUCCAGUAAUGAAGAGCUCCUAUCUGAUAAUCAAAGAUCUGGCUUUUGACGAUAUUCCAGUGAGGGUCUACUGGCCCAGAACACCUUCUACUAGCAGAAGAGGAAUAUUGUAUCUUCAUGGAGGGAUCGGCGUAUGUGGAAGCAUCUGUUCACAUGACAGAAUAUGCCGUUAUUUUGCUGAAGUAACAGAUUCAGUGGUAGUGAAUGUGGGAUUCCGUUUAGUUCCGGAAUAUCCCAGCCACGUUACAAUCCGGGACUGCUGCACAGCUGCAACACACUUCCUGAAGAACGCAAAGGCCUAUGGGGUGGACCCCAACCGCGUCCUCAUUGCGGGAGACAGCAGCGGGGGCACGUUUGCCGCCGCGGUUUCGCAAAAGCUGGUGAUGAGGGACGACCUGCCGAGGCUGCGGGCCCAGGUCCUCCUCUACCCGUUCCUCCAGGCUGUGGACUUCAGCUUGCCUUCCCACCAGCAGAACCAUUCCACCCCCCCCUUGUUCAUAAAACGGGCGAUCAGACACGGCUUCUACUUCCUCACUGGGAAACAGGUGGAUGUCGACGGAAUUAUGAAGAACGCCCAUGUUCCUGAGCAUGUGUUGGUGAAGUGCCGGAAAUGGAUCAGUGCUGACAACAUUCCGGAGCAGUUCAAGGUCCGGGGCUACACACCGCCAGUGCCGGCUCCGUUUUCCAAGCAGCUGUAUGAAACGUGCAAAGCCGCGUUUGACCCUACGUUCUCCCCACUGCUGGCCGAGGACUGCAUAAUCCGCCGGCUCCCGGACACGUUCAUUUACACCUGCGAAUACGAUGUCAUCAGAGAUGAUGGGCUGCUGUACAAGAAGCGGCUCGAGGACAACGGGGUGUCAGUGACAUGGUUCCAUGUCAAGAAUGGAUAUCAUGGAAUCCUGUUCACACUAGGCUUUGGGACAUUUGAGAGUUCAGGCUUAAAAAGCAGCUUGCCACAUGUGCAGGCUUUCAUAGAAAGGAUGUGA